AUGGUGAACUCCCGUCUCUUUGCUCUGCUGGCUGUGCCAGCUGCCUUAGCACUCCCCGUCGCUCGUCCGGACGAGCAUUCCCUCGCAAAAUGCGAUAUCCACUUCGAGAAACCCGUUGUCACCAACCCCGAAGAACUCAAAUCGUACCAACCCACCCAAAACGAUGACGGCGGCAGCACCACCAACUCCUCCUCCUACUCCUUCGCAACCCCCCUCCCCCAAAGCCCCUCCAGCGGCAGCAGCACCGCCGGCACUUCAACCUACCAAUGCUUCUCAAACGGCAACUACCCAGCUCCAAGCACCUGGCCCACCUUCGCCGCCCUCUGGUCCCUCCAUGCCAGCGCCAUCACAACCGCCAACAGCGCCGUGAGCGCCAUCGACACCGGCAGCGGCAGCGUCUCCGGCGGCGGCAGCAGCAGCAGCAGCACGACGACGCAAAUCCUGCACGACAAGAUCCUCCUCGUCGCAUCCGACACCAGCGUCGACGCGCGCCUCAUCCUCGCCACCAUCCUGCAAGAAUCGGGCGGCAGGCUCGACGCGCCGUGCACGGGGACGGGCAACUGCGGGCUGAUGCAGGGCCCGCCGGGCAGCGCGUCGUACGAUGGCGGCAGCGGUGAUGCCGCGGCGUCGAUAGAGCAGAUGAUCAGGGAUGGCGUGCAGGGCACGCCCGGGACGUGGCCGAGCGGCGGGCCCGGAUUGGAGUAUUGGCUGGACGUGUAUGGUGGCGACGAGCCGUGGAAGGCGCUGCGGGCGUACAAUACCGGGUCGGUGCCGGAUGCGGGCGAUUUGAGCGUCACGAAUGGGGUGGGCACGGAGAGUUAUGUGGUGGAUGUGGCGAAUAGGCUUGUGGGGUGGGAUGGCGUGCAGAGGGGCAGUUGUUGA